CCGUAUGAGGUGAAUCGAUGUUAAAAUAUCCUUUAUCUAACAGAAACGUCUCGUAACAAACACUACACCAACACUUGCUUCUCAGAGAUAUCAGAAGCCCAUCACGUCUCUCCUGCUAACGCUUUACAUGAACUCUCCAUGGCUUCUGCACGAUGCGCGAGAUGAUGCUGAUCCGAACGGAUAUGUGCUCGUGUAAAAGGGCGUCGUGACGACGCGUCCGCGCAACGGAGAUCCAGUUGACGAAAGAGGCGGGGGAGGGAGAGGGAGGGGGACGAUCCCCGAUGCUGAUGCGCUCGAUCGGUGGAAAUCUGCGAUCCGAACACGAAGCACACCGGUGGAGCCGAAGAUGGUGGCGGUGCACCCCUCAGCGCAGUCCGUGGCCUCCUCCGAGUGGAUCAUCUGCCUAGAUAAGAGGCCAUCAGAACGCUCAGGGGAGGACGUGGACAUCAUUCUGGCUCGACUGAAGGGGGUCAACGCCUUCGAGAGGUUUCACCCCAACCUGCUGCAGCAGAUCUGCAUGUGUGGCUUCUAUGAAUACCUGGAGAAAGGCAUCACCUUGUAUCGACAGGGUGAUAUUGGUACCAGCUGGUACGCGGUUCUGUCUGGUUCACUGGAUGUGAAGGUGUCGGAGACGGCCAACCAUCAGGACGCUGUAACAAUCUGUACUUUAGGGGUUGGGACAGCGUUUGGAGAAUCGAUCCUGGAUAACACCCCCCGGCAUGCCACCAUCGUCAGCCGAGAAAACAGCGAACUUCUGCGCAUCGAACAGAGGGAGUUCAAGAGCCUGUGGGAGAAAUACAGGCAGUGUAUGGCCGCACUUCUCGCCCCGCCGUACGGAGCCAUGGAUAGCGGCACUGCUAAUGAAAGAAUGCCAGACAAGGACAACACAGACCCUCUUAAUUUUAUGUCAAAAAACCUCAACAAGGUCCCAUCAGAAAAGAUCCUGAGGGCAGAGAAAGUCUUACGUAAUGCUAUACUGGCCAGAGCUCCUCACAUGAUCAGAGACAGAAAAUAUCAUCUUAAAACCUACAGGCAGUGUUGUGUCGGCACUGAGCUGGUGGACUGGCUGCUUCAGCAGAGCUCAUGUGUUCACAGUCGAGGUCAUGCUGUGGGAAUGUGGCAGGUAUUUCUGGAGGAAGGAGUCUUAAACCACGUCGACCACGAGCUGAACUUUCAGGAUAAGUACCUCUUUUAUCGUUUCCUCGAUGAUGAGGAGGAGGAUGGCGUGUUGCCUAGCGACGACGAGAAGCGUGAAGCUGAGGAGGAACUGCAGGAGACACUCCUCUUCCUCUCUCAGAUCGGCCCUGAUGCACACAUGCGGAUGAUCCUCAGGAAACCGCCAGGUCAAAGAACCGCUGAAGAUCUUGAGAUCAUAUAUGAUGAACUGCUGCAUAUCAAAGCGCUCUCUCAUCUCUCGAACACUGUGAAGAGAGAGCUCGCUAGCGUCCUUAUCUUCGAGUCACAUGCCAAAGCAGGCACUGUCUUGUUUAAUCAGGGGGAGGAAGGCACGUCAUGGUACAUUAUCCAGAAGGGAUCUGUUAAUGUUGUUAUAUACGGCAAGGGUGUGGUGUGUACAUUACAUGAAGGAGAUGAUUUUGGCAAACUGGCCCUGGUGAACGACGCCCCCCGCGCUGCCUCCAUCGUCCUGAGAGAGGACAACUGCCACUUUCUGAGAGUGGACAAAGAGGACUUCAACCGAAUACUCAGGGAUGUUGAAGCAAACACAGUGCGUCUGAAGGAGCAUGACCAGGAUGUUCUUGUGUUGCAAAAGAGUCUCCGGCCCUCCGGCCAUGGAAACAUACCUGUCCACUUCAAGUACACUGUGAUGUCUGGCACUCCAGAGAAGAUUCUGGAGCAUCUUCUGGAGACAAUGCGACUGGACAUUCAUUUCUCUGAACCGGAUCCGGCUCUGGAUGACUUUGUGCUCAUGCACUGUGUCUUCAUGCCCAACAGUCAGCUGUGUCCUGCCCUCCUGUCUCACUAUCACUCUCAGGCUUCUCAGGGCUCAGAGCAGGAGCGUCUAGACUACGCCGUGGCCAGCAAGAGACGGGUGCUCAGUCUGGCUCUUCGCUGGGCUGCCCUGCAGGGCCACCAUCUGCUGGAGGACGACACAAUGAUCGGCUUUCUGGAGGAGCUGCACGGGUUCGUAUCGAAUGAUGCAAGAGUUUUGCGUCCGCUGAAGGAGCUUCUGCCCGACCUGGAGAAGAUUGUUAAGCAGUAUCCAGAUGAUGCAAGAACUUCUCAAAAAAAGCAUAAAGUUCUCCUGAGACAGUUCAGCUCUGGGGAAGAGAGGCUCGUGAAAAAGCAACCAAUCAGGAGCUUUGAUGACAUACUCUUAAAGGUUUACUGCAGUGACCACACGUACACCACCAUCCGCGUUUCUGUGUUGGCCACGGGGAGAGAGGUCAUCUCCGCAGUGACGGAUAAACUGGGAUCCAGUGAGGAGCUGCUCUUAAUAAACCUCAGCGGAUCUGGAGAAAAGCAGAUUUUAAAGCCCAAUGACGUGUCAGUGUUCCAGUCGCUGGGAGUGAAUGGACGACUGUUUGUCUGCUCCAGAGAACAGCUCGACUUACUGAAUCCUCUUCCAGAGCAAGAGGGUCCGUCCACAGGGUCUAUGUCCAGUUUUGAGCUGAUGAGUUCUAAAGAUCUGGCCUUCCAGAUGACUCAGUACGACUGGGAACUUUUCAGCUGCGUGCAUGAGUACGAGCUGGUGUAUCACACAUUCAGCCGUCAAGCAUACAGGCGCUCCACGGCCAAUCUGGAGCUGUUUCUGAAGCGCUUCAAUCAGGUUCAGUUGUGGGUGGUGACGGAGGUCUGUCUGUGUGCAACGCUCAGCAAACGCGUUCAACUGCUCAAGAAGUUCAUCAAGAUAGCCGCCCACUGUCGAGAGUUUAAGAAUCUCAACUCUUUCUUCGCCAUUAUCAUGGGCAUGUGCAACCUUGCGGUCAGCCGACUCGGCCAAACAUGGGAGAAAUUACCCAGUAAAUUUAAGAAGUUCUACGCAGAGUUUGAAAGUUUACUGGAUCCAUCCAGGAAUCACCGUGCAUACCGCCUCACUGUUGCUAAAAUGGAGCCGCCAAUUAUUCCCUUUAUGCCCCUCCUCAUUAAAGACAUGACCUUCACUAAUGAGGGGAACAGGACUUUCAUUGAUGGACUGGUGAACUUUGAGAAGAUGAGACUGAUUGCUAACACAGUCCGGGCGGCGAAGCACUGCAGAAGUCAACCCUUUAAUGCCGAAGCAUCUCUGGCGAGUAAGAAUCCACAAGAUGUGAGGAAUUACGUGCGGCAGUUGAGCGUGAUUGACAACCAGAGAAGACUAUCACAGCUGUCCUUCAAACUGGAGCCAAGGCGGGGCUAGAGACCAAUGCUCUCUCUCUCUCUCUCUCUCUUUUAUUCUCUCUCUUCCACAGUAUAUCCAGUUUACAACAUUAAACUCAAUUAAACCUUCUGUCAACUGCCUGAGCAGUUGUAUGACGUCUGUAUGUACAAUCACUGCCAACUGAACUACGUGUACGAGAUGCAUUCUCAUAUGUGUGCGUGUGAAUUGCAUGUUGCCGUCUGUCAGAUCCGAAGGUCAGUUUGGUUUGGAUGACGAACGGGCGAAUGAAAGGUUUGCGUUCUUAUAUUUGUUAACGUAAGGCCCUUCAUCAUGUUCAGUGUCUCCCGACGUUCAAGACCUGCCUGUGCAUUUCUGUGAACCUUCAGAACCCGAACAAUCCUUUAGAUGAGAAUUAAGCGCAAGCCACAUAUCACGCGUACAGAGACACAUCGAUCAUUCGUUCAUCACAAAAAACCUCCAAGGCCUCGAUGUCCGUUGGUAUGUUACUUUACGUCUGUUCUAAAUGUCAGUGUUCUGGCUCAAGGACUAUUUAUGUGCUAGCAACUUACCUCUCGCCAUAGCCUGUAGCAUUAUUGAUGUCAUUUUGUAUAUUGAGUUAUAUUUGUAUAUUUUUGGACCCAUUUUGCUAAGUUAUCAUAACUGGCCGCGGAAGGCCUGCGUUUGUUCUCAUCCUGCCUUUUGGAAAAGUGAGACGCUGUCUGUGUAGGGCACUUAUUUUCUUUUAGGAAAAUGUCUACGCCUACAUUGUACAUAGUAUCGAAAUAAAUGUAUUGCUGAACACUUUAUGUUGGUUUGAUUUGCCUUUUUAAGCCUAAAAGGUUUGUUAUUGUUAUAUUUC